AUGGUGCAGCGUAAGAGAAGCAAAUAAAUUUCAGUGCAGUGAUGGCAAGAUAUUGAAAACCUUUGCUAAAUUCGAAACAUGGCCGAAAAAGUAAUUGUAACGGUGAAAGAAGGCAAAGUACGCGGAUUCAAAGCAAAAACUGCGUUUUCUGGAGCAGAGUACUAUACGUUUUUUGGAGUACCUUAUGGGCAAUCAACUGCGGGCUCGGCUCGUUUCAAAGAUCCAGUGAAAGUAAAACCGUGGAAAAAUGUCUUUGACGCGACAGUUCAAAGGGAAGGUUGUAGACAAUACUCGUUGCGGAAACACGAGACAGUUGGUUCGGAGGAUUGCUUGUACAAUAACAUUUAUACACCGAAAUUACCAUUGAAAGAAGAACCUUUAAAAGCGGUCAUGGUGAAUAUUCACCCAGGAGGACGUUUUCACGGUUCGCCAGAUCCGUGGUAUUAUGGAGCUCCUGACUACAUAAUGCACAAAGAUGUUGUAUAUGUAUGCGUUGGAUAUCGAUUGUACAUAUUAGGAGCGUUAAAUUUGCAUAUCAAAGGCUGUUCGGGGAGUCAAGUUUUAAAGGAUAUAAUACUUAGUUUACAAUGGAUCAAAGAUAACAUCUGUGCUUUCGGAGGCGAUCCACAUAAUAUAACCUUAAUGGGCAGCAGCAGUGGUGCUGCACUCGUGCAUUGUUUGCUAUUAUCUCCUUUGGCCAAAGGAUUAUACCAUAAAGCGAUUAUCAUGGGAAUGUACGCUUUUAAUCCAGUUUUGGUUGUUCCAUCGGAUCAUGUUUCGACAGCUUACGAAUUAGCCGUACUACUUGGAUACGACGGUGAACCAGAUAAUCGUAAGAAGUUGCUUAAUUUUCUCAAGAGCGUAGACUAUGAUCGAGUAUUGAUGAUAAGACGCGAGCAACUACUCACAAACGCUACAAUGGAAGUGUACCCUGCUUCUCCAUUUUUUUUGAAUUUAGAACCAGGAGAAAAUUCUCCUUUACCUGUAUCACCAGAGAAACUCAUCCCAACAACAAAUCGUGUGCCAAUAAUAAUUGGAUUCUGUGAAAAAGAAGCUGCUAUGGCUUUCAUAAAACACGGAUUAUUCAAAAAAGCAACGGGUACUGGUUUUUAUAAAGUCCUUCGACAAAAUUCCAGUGGAUGGGGAGUUGCUCUAAGCGAAGACGACCUAAGACUAGUUCAAAAAGAAGUAGAAACAUUCUACUUGGCGGGCGAGUCUAUAGAAAAUGCAUCACAAACAGCUUUAUGCGAUAUUCUAACCGACGCUGCCUUGUCCGAUGUUUAUGGUUUGCUAAUAAACAUAAUCUCGGAAAAUGAUCUUUCGCCAGUAUACGUAUAUAAUUUCCUUUUCGAUGGAAAAUUAGAUGGGUUCAAAGCCAAAAUCAAUGCUCGAUUGCAAACAGAAGUAAAAGGAGCCUGUCACGCAGCUGACUAUACAUAUUGGGCUUACAUCGACGAAUUUGCAGGGAAAACCAUGACCAAUAUACGUUCGAAAGAGCGACAAACAAUUGAAACGCUUACAAGCUUGUUUACUAAUUUCGCAAAAACAUCGAACCCAAAUUACAAAGAAAUGACAGUCGAAUGGAAACCUACAACUAUUAAACAUCCGAGUCAUUUGGUUAUCGACGAAUCGCUCCAAGUUAAAGACGAACUGUUGAAUGGUGAACGAAUGCAAUUCUGGCACCGUUUGAAAGAUAAAUUUAAAAAAAAUUGAUAAAGAAUUACAAAAAAGUGCAAAUAAAAUUUGAAAAAUCACUAAACAUGUUUUUCUCUACAAAUUUAAGUGGAUGAAAUAUACCUACCUAGUACCUCCCCUCUCUUCCAUGAAAUUUGUAAAAAAUAAGCCACCAGUCAUAAAUAGAAACAAGUAAGGAGGGUAAGAGGGUUUUUCUUCAAGAGAAGUCAAUGUGGUAAUUUGAUAGUAUUCUACUUAAAAAUGAAACAUUUUUAAAAAGUUUGGGCAGAUAUCAAUUUUUUAUUUUUAUUGUCAAUUAUUUUCGACUAUGAAGAGCUCGUAUAAAGGGACCAACUUCAUUUGGGAAACCAGCGGAAGGGGUUUUCUUGAAAAUUGGAACAUUUAAAAAGAUUCUACCCAUUAAAAAUUGAGAAGGCUCCAUAUAAAAGAGCCAACAUCAUUUGGGGGGGGGGGGUCGAACAAAAUUUUUUUCUCGAUAUCACGCAGUACAAUUCUAAUAUAGAAAUGAGAUAUUUUCAAAAAAAUUGUUCGCACAAGCUGUUAAAAAACUCAUUAUUUAUAAUUAACAAAAUUUUACAACAUUUUUAUGCAAGAUUCAAAAAAAAAAAAUAUACACGCAACAAUGUUCAAAAAAAGAAAAGAGAAAAUGAACAAAAAAAAAAUUAAAAACUUCGA